GAUGAUUCUGAACCUAAACAAUUGAUGACAUUUGUGUUGUGCUCGAUUUGAACGAUGAGUCGGACGGAAUAAAUUCAAAAUCAAAAGUUCGAGUGUUGUUCUGCAUCGUCUUUGUUCAGGAAAUGAAUUUAGUUGAUGGAUUAGUUUCGCUUUGGAAUAGACGUUAUAAAAGAACAAGGAGAGGAAAAGAAUAGAAGAAAAAGUUCAUUUUCUUUAAAGCAAAUUGUGAAAAAUUUCAUAUUGAGAGAAAAAUGUUCACUGAAACAUCCAACAAGAAUGUCACUGAUGUUCAAGAAAGUGUGACGGAGGAGCACCGCAAGCCUGACCAGGCGGACUUCAUUUUGCCAAUCCUAUUAAAUCCGAAUACGUAUGCGUCGAAGAAGACUUUGGCACAUGGAAUGCUCGAUUUAGCAUUACUGUCAGCAAAUGGCGCUCAAUUAAAGUUAUUAUUAUCGAAUGGAAAGCAACAAGAAUUCUAUAUGUUCCUAUUGUGGCUGAUUGCGACUUCAAUAGUAUUACAAGUGGUGCAAGCUGUUGUAUGUGUAGUUUUGGGCUUAAUCUUUGACAUAAAUCACGUUGAUGAUCAGAAAAAAGCCGAGAUCAUAAACAAUGUGUCUCUUGCCAUAUCGAUUGUGGUGGUCGCAAUCAAUGUGCUGAUUAGCGUCUUCGAUGUAAUUUCAACUUAAGGCAAUUAAAGACAUCCCUGAAGAUAUUAAUAAAAUAUUUCACUUUUUCCAAACAUCGAUGGAACAUUACACUAAAAAUAUGCAAUAAAAUGUUAAUUAUA